UAUUCUAAUUCACACUGUAUAUUUGUUGGACUGUUACGUGAUACAUAUAUUCUGAAGCGUUUAGAGACCAUGUAUCUAGAACAGCCAUCAGAUUGAAAAUCUACGUGUGUAUUGAUCAGAUCAAGUGUGUUUUGUUCGACCGAUCUGACGUUUCAGGUUUGACUGAAAAUAGGACUGCUCUGGAUUUCAUUUAUCGUCUGAGGAUAAUUAGCUGAUAUUACUGUCAUGUUUUAACCGUAUAUGUAUUCGAGUACAUUGAUGAUUGACAUUGAUGAUAUAUAUUGGUUUGGGUUAGCUGUAUAAGUAGUUUCCUCCUAAUCAACAUCUUUUGACCCGUGGUGUCACAGUGACACCUGUUAGACCAGUCCAUAAUUCACAUAAUAAAAUGUCCAUAUGACACCAGUUACGGUGUUAUGGUUAGAUGACAGCACUGUGUAGAUGGAGCUGGGAUCUUUGUGAAAGAAGGUAAUUGAUGCACAUUGGGAAAAAAUGUCGGAUGAUGCAAAGAAGUUUCAGACUCCAGAAGAGGAGCUGAAAUAUUGGCGAAGCCUUGCAGAGAAAUUCAAGCAAGAACUUGAAGAGACUAAGGAGGAACUAGAAGAAUUCCAAAUCAGCAGCCGAGAACUAGAAUGUGAGCUGGAGACGCAACUAGAACAGCUGGAAAACAAGAAUAAAGAAUUAAUGGCUGAUAAACACAGGCUCACAGUAGAAUGUGAAUCAUUAAGGGAAAAAUUAGAGAUACUACAGGGUCCAGCCAUAAACAAGUUUCUCUUCUAG